AUGAGGCUUCCUCCACCAUUUGUCUUCGCUUGCAUAUUGAUCUUCAUUUUUUAUGGCAACAGUAAAGCCCAGGACUGUCUUUCUAAUGCUCUAGAUGCAUCAAAUGUUGCAUAUACCAUCACUGUUAGUAAAUGGGGCCAAGCGAAUUUCAAUACAAUUCAAGCAGCCAUCGAUUCCAUUCCCUUAAAUAAUAAUCGAUGGGUUCGUAUCCUUAUUAGUGCUGACACCUAUAGUGAGCAGGUUAAAGUCCCCAGAGACAAGCCCUGCGUCAUUCUUGAAGGAAAUACUGGUACUACAAUUUCAUGGGGUUUACACACAGGCGCUGAUAAGAGUGCUACUUUCACCGCAGAAGCUGAUAACUUUGUGGCAAAAAAUAUGGCAAUCAUGAACACUUAUCGUUCGCUACUAAAUGAUGUGGAGCAGUCCGUUGCAGUAGAAGUAACAGGCGAUAAAGUAUCUUUUCAUGCAUGUAGUUUCUAUGGAUAUCAAGAUACAUUAUGGGAUGCCUUAGGUCGCCAUUACUUUCAAAACUGCUUUAUUGAAGGCGCCAUUGAUUUCAUCUGGGGGAAUGGUCAGUCCAUCUAUGAGGGAUGUAAAAUAUCUAUUCUUCCUUUCGCUGGAGGCCAGCUAGCAGGGUUUAUAACAGCUCAGGGUCGAAAGUCGGCUAAUGAGAUGACUGGAUUUGUAUUUAAAGGGGGGUUCGUAUUUGCAAAUGGAAACGCACAUUCCUAUCUUGGCAGAGCUUAUGGAGCUUAUUCAAGAGUAAUUUGGUAUGACAUAGAAUUCUCUGAUGUUAUAGUCCCCGAAGGAUGGUCCACUUGGAACCAACCCCAGGACAAUCUUGAGUAUGCGGAGGUUAAUUGCCAUGGACCAGGGUCAAAUUUAUCCAAGCGCGUGACAUGGUUAAAGAAACUAGCAGAAUCAGAUGUACAUCAGUUUAUAGAUAUUUCUUACAUUGACCAAGAUGGAUGGUUGGCCAAUCAACCCUGA